UAUCGCCGGACUCUACGAAUCCUUUUCUCUUCGGAACGCUUUCUCCUCGUCCACUAAAAAUACGAAGCUUCGCUAUAAGCUUGGGUAGGGUUUUGGAGGGUUUGUUGUGUGAAUAGCUGUGUGAACAGGCUGCAGACAUGCCUCCCCGCACAGUGAAAAAAGCAGGAGGGACGCCCACUCCGAAGAAGGGUGCUGGAAAAACCCCAAACAAGACUCCCAAGAGCGCCGGAGCAACGCCGCCUCCCAAAAAUAUUACCUCUGCAGAGGAAGUCAAGGUCGAGCCGCAAGUUGUAAUUAAUCUAAACGAGCAGUCUGCUGAAGCAGCCGCCUCUGUUGAGAAAACGGAGGUUUCAAAUGGAUCCGCAUCCAUUAAAGAAACUGACGAAGCGAAGGAGGAAGUAAAGCCCUCCUUUGAUGAAGAUGACAAAGGAGAGAGACUAGAGCUCGAUGAUAACGAGCCUGAAUCUGAACCAGAAGAGGAGGAUAACCCCGAGGAGGUUCAUAAGGAGGAUACACCAGCAAUGGAUGUCGAUGUGAAAGAAGUGGAUCAUGAUGGUAUUCCACAGGAAGAUGAGGAGGAGGGUUUGGAGGAUCAGUUGGAUGAUGGUGAGCAGGAAGAUGCCGAAGAACCUGGGGAAGAUGAAAUUGCAGAGGAAGAGGAAGGUGAAGAAGAGAUGGAAGGUGAGGGCGAAGAGGAGGAAGGAGCAGAGGAACAUGAAGAGCCUGACGAAGAGGAAGCAGAGCAUCAUGAAGUUGUCAAAGAAAGGCGGAAACGAAAGGAGUUUGAAAUAUUUGUUGGUGGCUUGGACAAAGAUGCUGCUGAGGAAGAUCUUAGGAAAGUCUUUAGUGCAGCUGGUGAGAUUUUGGAAGUCCGUCUUAUGAUGAAUCCCCAAACUCAUAAGAACAAGGGAUUUGCAUUCAUUCGAUAUGCAUCAGUUGAACAUGCCAAGCGAGCCUGUUCAGAGUUAAAAAAUCCGCAGGUAAAGGGAAAAGUUUGUGGGGUCUCGCCGAGUCAGGACAAUGACACACUUUUCUUAGGGAAUAUUUGCAAAACAUGGACAAAGGAUGCUCUCAAAGAAAGGUUGAAGCAUUACGGUAUUGAGAAUAUUGAGGAUUUGACUCUAGUUGAAGAUUCUCAAAAUGAGGGAAUGAACCGUGGGUUUGCCUUUAUGGAGUUCUCUGCUCGUUCUGAUGCUAUGAAUGCUUACAAAAGGCUACAGAAACGGGAUGUUGUUUUUGGUACUGAUAGAUCUGCUAAAGUGUCGUUUGCAGAAACUUUUGUUGAGCCUGAUGAGGAAGUUAUGGCACAGGUCAAAACUGUAUUUGUUGAUGGCAUGCCAGCUACUUGGGAUGAGGAUCGUGUUAGAGAGCAAUUUAAAAAAUAUGGUGAAAUUGAGAAAAUUCAGCUAGCACGUAACAUGCCAACUGCAAAGCGCAGAGACUUUGGGUUCGUUUCUUUUUCAACUCAUGAUGCAGCCGUGGCAUGUGUAAAUGGUUUGAGCAACAGUGAGCUUGGAGAAGGGGACAGUAAGGUGAAGGUGAAGGCAAGACUAUCUAAGCCUCAUCAGAAAGGAAGAUUAAUGAAACAUGGUGUUAGAGGAGAUUAUAGGAUUGGCCGUGGGAUUGUACGUGGUGCUGGGCGUGGUAUCCGAAGGCCAUGGGGACGUGUUCCAGGACGUUUAGAGCCUCGGAGGUUUACAGGACGUGGUGGGAGAUUUGUUGGUCGAGGUGGUCAAAUUGCAGGUCGUGGAAUGAAGCGUCCUUUGGGACGAAAUGUAGUUCAACAUGUACCAGAGAGAGUACCAAGUAGAAAUCCACCACAUGUAGAUAGGGUUCGAGAUAGGCGUCCCCCAGCUCCAGCCUAUCCUAGAAGCAGUUCUAGGAGAGAUUAUGGAAGACGUGAGGAAGCAUAUGAUGAUCGCCAGGUACGAUCUUCUACUAGAUCUGCUCCUGAUUUUGCUACCAGAGCUGCUGCUGCAAGGAGAUCAUCUUAUAGAGAUAGCUAUGGAGCACGUGGAUCGGGCUAUGUGGAUGGUGCGCCUCGUGGGGUGUCAAGGACAGCUAUUCGCCGACCAUAUCCAGAGGAAAGCUAUGGUAGGCGCAUGGACCGGCCAUAUCGUGAUAAUCGUGGACGUGAUUAUGAUACGGUUUCAGGGUCUAAACGACCGUAUACAGCUGUGGAUGAGCCAUCUAGAUAUGCAGAUCCUUCAAUGAGGCAUUCUAGACCUCGCAUGGAUUAUGGGGUCAGUGGCAGUGCAUCACAGUAUGGGGAUUAUGGUGAAUCUGCCAGACUAGGACGAGGCUCUCAGUUAGGUUAUGGAGGUGGUGCUAGACAAGAUUCAUAUGGAUUAUAUGAGGGACAUCAAUCUGGCAUGGGCUAUGGAGGUUCACUAGGUGGCAGUGAAACGGGUGGAGCAUACUCUUCUGGUUAUGGCAAUGACUAUUUGUCAUCCAGCGGUGCUGAUAUUGGUGGAGGUUCCUACUCGUCUUUGUAUUCAAGUCGUGGUAUGGGUGGUGGGUACUUAGGUGGCAGUGGUUCAUCCUAUUAUUAAACUAUAUGUGAUCAUGAGGCUGCCAUAGGCUGGAAUAGAUUCAGGCUCUGAGAGGCAUAACUUAACUUUUUUAAGGCAGCAUUCUUUGAAUUAAGUACUUGAGAAGAAGCUCUUGUGACUUGAAGUGGCUGAAUGAGAAUGAAAGUGCAGAGAAAUUAUACAAGCUGCUAGUUAGUAGCUUGAGAAUUUGAAGAGAUUCUGGUGGCAGGAUUUACUGUUUCAUAUAUUAAAGAUAUUUUAUAUCUGUGUGGGAUGGCAUAGGAUGGAAGAUGAGUAGUCACAUUAUUGUUUGCUUGUAUCUGGAACUUUGUUAUUUUGAUAGGAAUUUUCAUAGUAGGACCCUUGCAGAUAGAGGUUCUAUGCAUCAUCUCCCAAGUGCAUAUUACAAGUUCAUUUCAGUAUUAUGGAUCUUAAGCUGAUCUACAAAUGUUUUCAUAUUCUUGCCUUUCCGGCACCUUUAAUGAUGGGAUGUUGUUAGAUCAGCAAGAUAUAUCUAAGUUUGAACUGUUAUAUGGCAAAAUGGAAAAUUUGCUUCGCCAUUGCUGCAAAGUGCUUCAUUAUGCCUUGAUACUGUGAAAGCUUGCCAUUAGAAAGAAUUUUGGAUGGUUUGCUUGUAAUUGAAGAUAUAAACCAAGUUGGCAUAAACUUUCCCAUUAUGACAUAAUUAUUGGUUUUUA